CUAAACAUCAGGCGGAUGGGUCUGUGCGGCUUUAAUACAGCUGCACAUGGCUGUUUCUGGCCAUCGUUUGGGGUGAAUUUUUGGUUAAGUGUGAAUUGCAGGCUAUUUAUUUAACAAGGCGUUUAUAAAUUUAAGACCUGGAUUCACGACCUAAGGGUCAAAAGUCAACCUCACGGUUAAAUUGAGAGGAUCAACAAACAGCAUUUUGGAAGAUCGUGGAGAAAUGGUCUUCAAAAACGGCACUUUUUACUCAUUUUGUAGCUUUACCACGUGAUUCGACGCCUGUGUUGUGCAGUUUUCCCGAGCGGACGCGCAGCAGCAUCUGCGCCUUUAAGAGCAUCUCUGACAGCAUCUUCCUCUGUCACGGAUGCGCACACAGCUCAACAUUUGAGAAAACAGCUUAGCUUUCUGCACACGCUCAUCUUCCUCCAGAUACACCAUAACACCACGUAGGCGUAAUUACAUUUAUUACAAUCAUUUCUCCACCGGACAUUUAUGACUUUGCCUCAACGGUCGCCCUAGCGGUCCAUCCGUUAUUGUUUUUUUAUUUCCUUCCUUUCCCGCAUCCAAAGACUGAUCUACGCUGCAAGAUGGCUGAGUUGAAUUUGGGGAAGGGGCUGACUGCGGGGAAAGUGGCCAGCAACGUUCAGAAAAAACUAACGAGAGCCCAGGAAAAGGUUCUUCAGAAGCUUGGCAAAGCUGAUGAAACCAAAGAUGCUGCUUUUGAGGAGGGAGUGAUCAACUUCAACAAACAAUAUGCUGAAGGCACUAAACUGCAAAGGGACCUUAGGGCAUACCUGGAAGCAGUCAAAGCCAUGCACGAGUCUUCCAAGAACGUGCAGGCGUGUUUGGCUGACAUGUAUGAGCCGGACUGGUACGGCAAUAAUGAAGUGGAUUCCAUUGUGGAGGACUGUGAUGUGUUGUGGACCGACUACCACCAAAAGUUGGUCGAUCAUGCUCUCAUCUCCAUGGAUACUUACCUGGGCCAAUUCCCUGAUAUCAAGGCACGUAUUGCCAAGAGAGACAGGAAGCUGGUCGAUUACGACAGCGCCAGGCACAAUUAUGCCACUGCACACAAGAGCAAGAAAAAGGACGGGGGCAUUAAAUUAACUAAGCCCUCCUCCUUGUUGGAGCGAGCCACUCCAGGCUGGGCUCAGGGUAUCUUGUCUGCACACAAUGUUGCCCAGAGCAGUCUGUCCAAGAGCCAGGCUGAGGAAGAGUUGGAAAGAGCACAGAAAGUGUUUGAGGAGAUUAAUAUUGAUUUGCAAGAGGAGUUACCUUCACUCUGGAACAGUCGUGUUGGGUUUUACGUCAGCACCUUCCAGAGUUUGGCUGGUUUUGAGGAGAAAUUUCACAAGGAAAUCAGCCGGUUGUCUCAGGAUUUGUACGACGUCUUGGAGAAACUGGAGGGAACCGACACAAGCAGAAAAACAGACGACCCAACGUCAGGAACAAAUAGGAGUGGAAAAGAAGCAUCCAACCACACUCUCAGGCCUGGAGGACCACCACCAAUCCCCAAAUCUCCAUCCAAGCUAAAGCCAGCAGUGCCUCCUCCACCAAAGGUGACCCCAUCUAAGGAGCUGAAAACAGAGAACAUCAUCAGCCUGUUUGAUGCUGCAGCUGCUCCCGAUAUUAGCGUCACCUCCCCUACAGAGUUUGACAGUCCUGCAGUGAGCAACCUGUUGGACAUGGACCUGGAGUCUUUCAGUGCAGCAACCAAAGCCUCCACAGCCACACAGCCUGCAACCUGGGACUCAUGGCCUGAGGACAGUGGUGCCCAGGAAGAGGACACCCAGGAGUACUAUGACCCUGUGGCUGCUGCUACAAAUGCCUGGGGGGAUGAUGAUUCGCAGCCUGUCCGCUAUGACCCCAUAGCAGCUGCCACAGAGGGCUGGGGAGAUGACGGAUCCAAACCAGUUCGCUAUGACCCUUUGGCUGUGACUCAGGAGGGAGGGGGGGAUGAUGAGAACCAGCAGGUUCAUUGCGAUCCUGCGGCUGAAGCCCAGAAGGGCUGGGAUGAUGACGGGAGCCAGCCAGUCACAGAGGAGCCCGCCACAGAGGACGAAACUCCUGCAGCUGAGGCUCCAGCUGAGGCCGCUGAGGAAGAAGCCACACUAGCUGCAGCUACGUUGGAUAAUGAAGAGGGUCAGGGUGAAUCUGCAGAAGCUGCAGCAGAAACAACAACAACAGUUGAAGAAGCAGUGACAGAAGAGACACCCACAGUAGCGCCAGAACCCACAGAAGAAGCAUCAGAGCCUGCAGAAAUGCCACCUGGCUUCCUGUAUAAGGUUCAAGUGAUGCAUGAUUAUGCUGCCAAUGAUACAGACGAACUGGAGAUGAAGGCUGGUGAUGUGGUGUUAGUAACAGCCUUUGACAACCCUGAAGAGCAGGAUGAGGGCUGGUUGAUGGGAAUUAAGCAGAAUGACUGGCAGCAGAACAAAGAAAAUUCCACUAAAGGAGUAUUCCCUGAAAAUUUCACCCAAAGGCUGUGAAAGAGGAGGACAGGACAUCAUUCCAGCUUCCUUCUUUAUGUCUCUCUUCCUCUUGCCUCAAUCCUUCCUUCCUUCCUUCCUUCUACUUGCCCUGAUACUAUAUCUUUACUAGGACUUUGGCCAUAGAAGCAGAGCUGUCACAGCACUGGUGGAAAUCGUGCAUUUCUAAGGUCUGCUACAGUUUGCUAAAAGUGGAUCUUGGCAUUUCUGUGGAUUUCUGCCAAAAUUUACAAAUUGCAGAUGUAGCCAUUUUGCUGCACUAUUGUUGCUACUCCCUCCCUCUCUCUUAUUUACCAGAGGAAUUGCUUGGAGAAUCCCUGUCGUGCAGAUUAGAUGCAGGGAUGGGUGCCUCUGCAAUGGCUACCACUGCAAUUGCAUUCUAAUGUUUUAUUCUUAGCCAUGUUUCAUCAUAAACUCUCCACCACCACAACAGAGAAACUGUCUGUUGAGAUGUUUUUCUCAUCUCACACUGAAAGACCGAGAACAGUGUAAAAUUAUUAAGCAGAGUAGCAGAGUGCUGGAGUCAGGUACGUUUAGAAACAUUCACCCAGUGGUAUAACACACUGAAAGAGCAGAACCAACUCAUGGCCGGCAACUUCAUCCCAGCCAAGACCUCUUAACACAGAGAAGUCUAAUCAGCUAAACUGCAUGUGAGGAAUUAAAAGAAACAAAACAGAAUUAACAAAUUCAUCAACAACUUGGCUUGAAUUUUGCUACUCGCUGGAAUACCUGAGGCAGAUCUUCAGUUUCAACAUGCCCCAUAAGGUUUUUGUUGAAACAAAUACAAAAACAAGUGUGUAGUUUUAGCCACAUGUGUAGCCGUCGACUGUCAUUUUCUUCCUGCUCGUGCAGGUUUGUUUCGUCACGUGUGUCCAGCCGGUCAUUUCUGAUGUCUAAAAGCAGUUCUGACCAUAUAUAAGUGAAGGUGGAGCAUAGCAGAAAGUGUGUUGGGAAGGAUGAAGCAUCGCAGUUUUGGAGCCAGUAUUUUCUGUUUACUGGUCUUCAGUCGCUCUAAUUAGUCCUGAGAGUUCGGCUGCUGACGCAAUUGCUGUUGGACACAUGCAGCCCGUCUUCUACUCCUUGCUUUGAUUAUUUACUUGUGAAACAUGGGUCCCCAAUUGCUGUAUUAGUUUAAAAUCUAUGGUGGUAUAAGUAGUAUGAACCCAUUGUUAAAAUCCAAAUAUGCAUAUGCAGCAGGAAUCAAACAUAAAAAUGAUUUAAAAUUCCAAACAGAAGUACUGCUUUAGAGUCCUAUAGAGUAGAAAAACACGACCGUUGACGGUUUUGACAGUCGUGUUUUUUAUUCCUUGUGGUUUAAAUUUGUGUGAAGUUGUGUGAAGUGAGCAUGUGAAAAAUAUUUUAAAGUAUUUUUUUUUUCCACAAGGGAUUCCAAAUAUGCAUUUCCUGGGCUCGCUAAAAGGCUAGCCGACAAACUACGAUAAUGAGACGCUGCUACCGGUAGUGUAAUAGUUAGGCAGAUAUGGUUACACCCUAAUGCUAAUCAAAUAUAUAAUAACUGAGCCAGCCUCAUUUGUUUAAAAAAAAAAUGUGCCGAAAACAAUUCCUUCCAUUUGCAUAGAGACGUCUUAACUCAAAUGCAGAGGACUCAGAAUAUGCACCAGAGCAACUUCUUUUAUUUUUAUAUGCUGCCAAGCAAUGAAUACAUAUGGCCUGAUGUAACUAUGUCAACAUAAUUGCCAACUGGGAUGUUAUGGAGUGUUUUGUACUUCUGUCAGGUUUACUGCUCUCAAAAUAGGCGCUAACUAUCUCAUGUUCACGCAUUCAUUCAGUCACUGACUCAAAAGAGAUUUCUCAUGACGUUAACAUGUAAUAGGUGUGGGAGAAAAUGGAUGUGUGUGAGGUGUGUAUGUGUGUGUGUGUGUGUGUGUGUGGACUUAUGGGUUGUUUGGACACAUAAAUUCUUUAUCUAUAGGCUAUUGUUAUUGGACGAUAUCACCACCACCUACCAGGGGAUGAGGUCGUCUGUUUUUUCCGACUGGACAAAGACAACUCAAAAUGUAUUUGGGUCUUUUUCCACUGGCUGGUAUUGCGGUUCCAGGUGUUAUUGUGCAUUUGUUGUGUAUAAGUGUAAUUUUGCCAAGCUGUGAUGACAGAUACAUAUUCUAUAAAGACAUUCAUAUCUGUAUGUGAGUUACUGUGAGCAUGCUGAAUUCCCAUGUGUUGUUGUGUGAACACCCUCGAUUUAAGACAGUGAUACUUGGGUCACUUUUGAGGCAAUUUUGUUUUUAUUUUUUUUUUUUAUUAUUUGUUUGUUCAUCUUAGUAACGGGGUGGUGGCAGUUACAUACUGUGUGUUUUUCCACCAUUGUCUCGCUCAAAUCAAUCCUGAUUAUAAUUGCUGGUUUUCCAUCAGCCUUGCCUCAAAAUGUUGCCAGGGUAUUGUGGUCCAAACAGAGUUAAAUAUUAUUACGUGGAGACAGGACACAUAGAGGAACUUUUCGAAUCGCCAGACUCAGACGGACAAAUAUUUGUAUUGGUUUUCAGUAUUUUAACAACUUGAGAUGUGCAUGAUUUUAUCCAUGUGUGUUUAAAAAGCCUCACACGUAAGAGCAUCACAUACACAUCUAGGUAGACCGAUCACUUUGGUAUUUUUAUUUUUUUAAGUAUACGCGACUUGUUUCAACUGGGUCUGGUUCUCUAUCUGUCUAUAUGGAUCCGUCUCCUGCGUUGAGCUAUGGGAUACGACAAAAAAGGUUUUUCCUGUACCUAACUGACAAAUAAUAAUAAACAUUACUUUGAAUCUCA